AUGGACCAUUUUCUUCCUACAGCUUAAAAGAUCAAGACCAAUACAGCCAUUAACCAUACGGCAGCUCAGUGGUGUGGUAGAUCAAAGGUGUUCCCUCGCCGUGCUUCGCCGAAGUCCACAAUGCACUAUCGCCUACGGAAAUGGCUACUACGCAAACGGCCUCACGAGGUUAGUGGUCUGAGGUUCCAGGAUCGAGCACGCGCUAUCGCUCGUCGAACCAGUCUCUCCAGCACCAAACCGGACCGAUCCAGGAUAACUGCCGACCAAAAGGAAUCUCCAAUAUACGCCAAAUUGCCAAUAGAGAUCCGGGAGUCCAUCUUCGAUUUCGCAAUGACCGAUACAGGCGUCCUGCAUAUCAGGUCAGUGAUGAAAUGCCGACGUGGCCGAAACGAGUGCGUCCGUCUAGCGUGCACCGCAUGCUUUAGGGUUGAUGAUAUCACACCGGACCAUGGCUCUUGCGGACGCGACUUCCGUGGCCCGGCGGAUAUGAAGCGGUCUCGAGCCGCUAUCAACAUCACCCCUUUACUGACAACGUGUCGCCUUGUGUACACCGAAGCUGUCAGUGUCCUAUAUUCCCAGACGCACUUUGUCUUCGAGACGGUCGGAGCCGCUGCCACAUUCUGCUCCAUCACACCCACGCCACACCUACGCCAUAUCCGUCGAAUCAGCUUCGACUUUCCCGGCAACUAUAUGCGCGUCCCUAUUCCCAACGAGGACUCCGAUGAGUGGACGGAGGCCAUUCUCUCCGGUCUUCGCUCAAUGACGAGUCUGCGGGAAGUCUAUCUCAGGUCUACAUGUUUUUUGUCCUGCUACGACCGCGACAAUUUCCGUGAUGAGGAUGUUCUUGCGCGCAUGACGGAAGGUGAGAAGCAUUUCGGGGUUGCUAUUGAAGCGAUGCCAAAGAAUUGCCGGAUGUUUAUGUUUGCGCGUUUCAUGUGUGUGUGGUGGGUUGUAGUGGAGAUAAGGAAGGAGCCUAGAAGAAGGACGGAUUGGGGAUGGUGGUCACAUUCUGAAGCGAUCAUGCUUCUAUCAGGGACACACGAAGGUGCGCUGCCGUCUACGGAGUGCCCACGCUUAGCACCGAUCAGCGAUCUUCUCUUUGGUUGACAAAGUUAGCCAACCAGCUUAGGUAUCAAGGUAACCAUAAGACACAAACAUGCUGCUCAUCGCAUUUGGCGGAUGUUGACAGAGCUAGUAGUGACAGCGACAAAAGUUGCUCUUCGGGAAUGCUGACAUCUCCCCAAACUCUG